GCUGCGCCUUAACUCCGUUUCGAUCACUUACAGUCUCCCCGAUUCCAGGCCAUAGGACAUCAAUAGCCUUCAAAUUACAAAUGCAGAUAUGACAAGAACGGAAAACCAGGAUUCAGCCACGUAAAAGAAGAGACGCGAGUAUCUCCUCGGAGUCAAGACCAUUUUGUUUCAACUUGUCAACAUCAUACCGUCGUAUUUUUCGAUACUGAACUCCGGCGUUGAAGUUCAAUGAAGAACAGGUAUCUUCCUAUUCCAGUCCCCGGCGCGAACACCUUGCUGCGGAAUUGCCUUGUCAUCUUUACCGUGCUGGUGGCGUUGGCUGCGGCGAUGACUGGCUGGUGCCCGGUCAGCUGCAUCUGUAACGACCAGCUAGUGGUCCACUGCUCCGGACAAGGGCUGGCCGAGGUGCCCCUGGACUUACCCCUUGCCACAAGGCAGCUGCUUCUCUCGGACAACAAGAUCACGGAGCUGCCGACGGUGCAGCUCAAUUACCUGUCCGACUUAGUAUACCUGGACUGCAGUAAUAACUCGCUGUACCACCUCUGCGAGACGACUUUCAUCAACCUGAAGAAGCUCGCCUACUUGGACCUCUCUUUUAACAAGCUGGUGCAAGUGGACGACCGGAUGUUCGUCGCCCUGGCUAGCUUGGUGGUCCUCCGCCUGACGGAUAACCCCGGGCUGGACCAGAUGCACGUUGACGCCUUCGCGGAGAACUCGGCUCUGCAGGUGCUGGACAUAAGCAGGAAUAACCUGACCCUGCUGAACAUCUCGACCCUGAUCACCCUGCCCGCUCUCAGGUCGAUCGGGGUCAGCGGGAACCCCUGGGAGUGCGGGUGCUCUAACGAGGACCUGUGCCUGUGGAUGCAGGUAGAAGACUACAAAUUCCAAGACGACGAGAGCACGCUGUGCCGGGGGCCGGCUCCGCUGAGCGGGAUGCGGCUCUCAGAGCUGGGGUUGAAGCUGCGGGUCGAUUGCCACCAGGGCCUGGACAGCUGGGACUACCUGUUCCUGCUCACUGUGGGCUUCCUCAUCUUCUCUGGGGGCACGGUGUCGGCCUGGGUGAUGGGCGUGGUCAUGUUGCUGUAUGAGCGCUGGGAGAACAAGCAGGAGAACGAGGAGGGGGAUGAUGAGGAGGGGUCCGGCGGGGAGGAGCAGGGUAACGGGGACCUCAACAAACCCAUCCAGCAGGUCUGAGUGGGGCUCCCCCUCCCCCCCCCCCCCCCGAGGACUAUCAGAACAUGUAAUAACAUUCAUUUAUUGACUCAGGCGGGGACUCUUGAGACACAGGGACAGUCUCUUCACACAUUCGUCAUUAUGAAAAGGAAAGUGUUGCACUAGGCAGGGGAAGUGGGUGUCCUGUAUAGGAGCUGCUAUGUCACGCUCCCAGAGCUUGACUGAUGCACUUAUACCUCGAUGUGCAGAGAAGAGGGAUGAUGUAUACGCCCCCUGUUCAUUUCCCAUUGCGCACUGAGAUACGCAGGACCAAUCAUGGGUUGGGCCACUCCAUCUCACAUAGAGGGUGUGGGAGGUACCAUCAAAGGGGUAAGAGUGUGCAUAAAUUAUAGAACUAGUGGCACAGAGAUUAAUAAUGAACAGCUCACCACAAUAGGAUUUGAAAGGUUCUCCCAGACAGCUCCACUUCCUACUUCCUGUACAAUCGGUGGCACAAAAUCUGAUCAGGCUCACUAUAGUGAAUGAGCGAACCUUUGACAAAGGUAUGGGGCUGUGAGACAACAGCAGGUGGAGUGAUUUCCUUCCCUGAGACAGUCUGAAGGAACCCUGGUCUGUCUGUGAAGUAUUCCACUACGCACAGCUAGCUAAGGCAAGGCUUCAGACUGGCACCAGCCCUGCGUCCAGUCCUGGGUUGCAGUGUAAACAUUGUUAAAUUACUAUGCAAAUGCAAUAAAAGCUGCAUGUCAGUUUCAGUCAUGAUAGGUAAGACAGUUGAUCUGACAGGCUUGUUUCUGGCCCAGCCGCACUCUGCACCUUGCUCCGCACUCUCGGGUGCUUCCCUUCAUUAAAAGCCCAGUAAAAAAUGCAGUUGUUUAAUUAAUUGGUGUAUAAAAUUUUACUACAUGCCAACUUUGUACAUUUCCUAAUAAAUGUGAGCAGAAUCAGUCUGAAGUGCUGUUGCUCACUGCUCUUUCUUGGGUUUGGUUUGCCUCAGGAUCAGGGCUGAUGGAACCCUUAUUAACUGUGUAUUGGGCUUAGGAUCCUUUCAGUCAUUUACCAUCAAUAACUAUGCCAUAGUUACCUGUUUUAUUUCACUAAUCCUUUCUUAUCGACAGCUCUGAUGUGUGUUGUUAAUUUGUGCCCUUAUAAAAGUUUACCGCAGUAAAUUUGCACAGUAUUUUUGCAGUUUUCUCAUGCUUUUCCAAUGGUUAUACGAUGCAUUUACAAUGGUUUACCGUGGUUUGUCAUGUUUCUUCAUAUUCCUUACCAAACCCCUCUGGGCUUUACAAUGCUUACCUACAGUAUGCUUUAUAAUGCUUUUACUAUUCUUUAGUACACUUUGCUAUGCUUUUACUAUGGUAACAUUUUACACUGGUGAAUGUAGAAAGGCAUGCUAUUCUUCCCAGAAUAGCGUGCUGAGCUGGAGAGGUCUUUUGUGUGUCAGAUUUCAUAUUACCCCCCCCCCCCCCACCUGUCGCCGGGAUGCAAGCGAUUCAGGUAGAGGCCUUGCGGUCUCGCGGGACUGAAACCUGAGCACCGGCCUCGCUUAGCCACCAUGUGGCCCUCGGAGCCACCACAACCCCACGGGGCGGACCAUUAAUAUUAACAGAGUGGAGAAACUCUAUGAGGGUUGUUAAUACUGCAGCAGGCCUUGUGUGGGGUAACUGGGAGGAAUUGUUUUUUUAAUGUUGGGGCUCUCAGGAUUAUCAUUUCGCUGUGGGGUGGGAGAGCACCAGGGCAGAGACUCGCCCUCCAUCAGCAGAAUGAGGAUCCUGAUUGGGUUUCUCUGUGAAACUCAAAACAGCAGCAGAGCAGAGCAGCGAAACCCUGCAGAACGCUUACCCUGGCUGACAUGCACUGAGCUUAAUUGGCAGUUUUACCAUCAAUUGCCUUUUAUUGCCAUGGAACAUACAACUUUAACAUGCCUGUACAACUUUGUUUUGUAAUAUAGAGACUUCAUUAACCUCUUAAUCUCCGGAACCAACCAGACAAAGUCAUUUUGUUCUUGUCUUAUUUAGAACAGAUUUUUGAUGGGGUGCAGCAGCUAGUUUCAUCCAGACGAACCUGCCAGUGCACAUAUGCUGGGGGGCGUACGCUGCUGGAGACGUGGGAAAGGGCGUUAAACUGGAGGACACAA